ACUGCUCUCUCCACUCUUCUCCCACUUUCUUUUUUCCUCGCCUUUUUCUUCUAUUUUCUCUCUUCAAAAUCCCUAUUCUUCUUUCUUUAUCUACUCCCUUCUUCCUCCUCUUUGUUUCCUCCCUAAUAAUCAUGGGUGACUCUUCUGCUUCAUAUAUUCACAUGGUGCAUCAUCUUAUAGAGGAGUGUUUGGUAUUCAACAUGAGCAAAGAAGAGUGCAUGGAAGCUUUGUUUAAGCAUGCAGAUAUCAAGCCAAUCAUCACCUCCACAGUGUGGAAUGAGUUAGAGAAGGAGAACAAGGAGUUUUUUGAGGGGUACGCAAGCAGAAGAGAGCAGAGAGCAAGUGACAUGGAGAUGAAGAGAAGGAUUCAGAACAUGCUCUCCAAUUCUUCCAUAAGGGACACCAAGGAGUAAUUCUGUAGCCGAAGAAGACGAUAAAACUCGGGAGUAAUUCUAUGGUAGAAGGCUACGAAAGGAAGCAAAACGACGUAGUAUGAUGGUUGUACACUUUGUACUAGCUCCUGUUUGUUGUCGGUUAAUAAAAGGAAGUUGAGAAGCGUGACGGUAAGAACCCAUGCCAUGUGGAGUCCACGUGGCGGUCAGUUUUCCCAGCCUUUUUCCUCCUUUGCUUGCAUUUUCUUUUUUAAAACAAAGGAUAAUUAUCUAUUAAUGCCAUUAUAUUUUUUUAAUAAUAGAUUUAAAAAAAAAAAGAAGGAGAAUUGGGGAUCAAAUACUAUACACCCGGUGGUGUAUCUACUUAAGGAGCAAAGUGGUACCACUCUGCCCAUUGGGUGGGGAACUUCUUGCGUGUCUUCUAUGCCAUUGUAAAUUAGAUUUUGGCCCACGCCUACCUAUCAUUAAUG